GUCAUGACUGUGCGGAAGUGCAGUGAAUAUGAUGGCCGUCCUAGACCAAGAAGAAGAGAGUGUUUGUGCAGAGAAGGGAAUCGAGAAAUAGACUUCACCAUUUACAACCAAACAUCAGCAAGCUAACCGUUACAACAAUUAAUUUAAAACGAAUUUUCCCGACCCUUUGUAUAUCUGGAAUUCCAAAGGAUAGAGUUGUGCGGUCUCCCAGUGGGGGACGCCGGACAAAAUGUCCCUCUUCCAGUCAGCACUUGAUUUCCUGGCUGGGCCAGGCUCCGCAGGAGCAGCCAGCCGGGAUCAAAAUGAUUUCGUAGGACAAACUGUGGAACUUGGAGACAUGAAACUUAGAAUCAGGCGUGUUAUUGCAGAAGGGGGCUUUGCGUUUGUGUACGAAGCUCAGGACAUCGGCAGCAACAAGGAGUACGCUCUGAAGAGGCUCCUGUCCAAUGAGGAGGAGAAGAACAAGGCCAUCAUCCAGGAGGUGUGCUUCAUGAAAAAGCUGUCGGGUCAUCCCAACGUGGUGCAGUUCUGCUCCGCCGCCUCCAUCGGCAAAGAGGAGUCCGACACGGGCCAGGCCGAGUUCCUCAUCCUCACCGAGCUCUGCAAAGGUCAGCUGGUUGACUUCAUUAAGAGGGUGGAGCAGAAGGGACCCAUAUCAUGUGACACGGUGCUGAAGGUCUUCUACCAAUCAUGUCGUGCUGUGCAACACAUGCACAAACAGAAACCUCCAUCAUCCACCGGGACCUCAAGGUACCGCCUCCACCGUCGGCAUGGUUACGUGCCAUGGCAUGACCUCUGUCCGCUGGCGAGGAGCGUGAGAGAAUGACGCUUUAUUUCUCCUCCCAGUUCCUGCUCAGAUUGAUUUGUAGCUGCCUGCGUAACACAGUGACACCUCCUGUGCUCCUCUGGGCUCUGUGUGGUUGGUGCCCUCUAGAGGACAGGAGAGGAAGUGCAUCUGCUGGAUAGAAUUACUUUAAAUUGUCACUACAGUGUACAUUAUACAUGGGAGGAAUCGUGAUGUAUUUCUGCUUAUAAGAAUGAAGAGUUCAGAGGAAUCCGGGCUAAUCAUAAUUUUGGCUGGCAUUAUGGCAUAUUAAGCAGCACUGUCAACGUGACUCUU